AUGAACAAAACUUUAGCAAUGAGAACUUCAAUAAAGAAAUCAAUAAAUUUGAAUGCGCUUCUAUUUUUUAUUUUUUAAAGAGCUGAAUUUUUCACUUCAAGAUAUAUAGGUUUUCAUCCAAACAAAGUGGAAUUUUAUAAAUUAAUUAGAUCAAUUUAUAGAAUGCUCUUAAUACCAGAUGAUUGGUUAAGAAAAUAAUAGGAUAUUUCAGAUUAGACAUUAUUAUAUUUUAUUGUUCAUUUGAAAUUUGGAAAAAAGAAUAUUCAUCCUUUAUAAGAAAAGGCAUAUUAGAAGCUUUAAAUUUUAUUAAAAUAUUAAUAAUGA